AUGAUCAUCAAUGGGGUGAAGGAGAAGAUGAAGAAAACGGUUGAAAACACUCGCGAGGCACUUGCCACCAUCCGCACUGGCCGACCGUCUCCCAACAUUUUCGACAAAGUUCUUGUCGAUUACUACGACGUUCCUACUCCCUUGCCACAGAUUGCUUCCAUUCAGAUCCAAAGUGCCUCCAUGAUCUCCAUCGAUCCGUUCGAGAAGAGCGCUCUCAAGAAUAUCGAGAAGGCGAUCAUGGCGUCUGACCUUGGUCUCAACCCCAACAACGACGGCGCCAUCAUCCGCAUCUCCAUCCCCCCGCUCACUGCUGAGACAAGGCAGAACUACGUCAAACAGGCUAAGAAUGUCGCAGAGGAAGGAAAGGUCGCCUUGAGGAACAUCAGGAGGACAGGGGUUGAUGCGGUGAAGAAGCUGGAGAAGGACAGCGUUGUCUCAGAAGACCAGUCCAAGUCUACUCAGGACGACAUCCAGAAGCUUACGGACAGCUCAUCCAAAGAAAUCGACAACCUCUGCGCGGCCAAAGAGAAGGAUCUCUCCACCGUGUAG